AUGGCCCAACAAUUUCCGGACAAGAAGUUCCAGCUUUCGUAUACCACGACGGCUUCAUGGCUUGAUACCAGGGACCGAGCCUGGCAUGAUAGCCUGUUCCUAUGUGACGGUGAUACGCCAUGUGCGGCUUGUGUCGCAACUGAAAACGACUGCACUUAUGGAUCUGAAGCCAACUCGAGAGGAAAGAGUGAUCUCAUCCUGGAAGGGGUGUUGCGUGUUGAGAAGUAUCUUCACGAGUUGAAUGCAAACAUUGCAGCAUCGCCACACUUCGUUAGUCGCAGUUCUUCUCAUCAUGUACUGUCAUCCGCGGUCGGCUCGUCAGUUGGUAGAGGGAGCUUCUCCGGAGGCUCCCUAACCGACCUGCGCAUUACACCUCGCCCUACCCUCUGUCCACAUCCGGACGAGCUAGACAACGCUAACAACCUGGAGAAUGCUGUUCUUGAAUCACGGCACACUUCUACAACGGAGUCGAUAUUACAAUGGCCCCAUUUCGACGUCUUUCCUAGUCUUCGCAAGGACUACACUUCCAUCUUCCACCUUGAGCAGUCUCGUCCUCGCAUCAAGACGAAGAAAAGAGACAUUUAUCCGUAUAUGACAGAAGAAGAGGUCGACAGCAUUUUGGAUGCUUUCGGCCAUGCCGUCAACUUCUGGUAUCCUACAACGUCAAGCGAUCAGCUACAUAAUGCUCGGGCACUCAUCACGAACGGAAACUUUGAAGACAACGAUGAGCUCUGCGUCUGCCUUGCUUUACUCGUCAUGGCACUGGGUUGUGCAAGCAAGGUGACGGCAGGCUUGAUGGAAAGCGCUGCUGUCCCUGAGAGCGAACAGAGACGCAGAGCAACUUAUCGUGCAACGGGCGAUAUGUAUUUCGAGAGUGCGCUCAAGAAGCUUUACGUUGCCCACAUGGAUGUCAGCUCCAUAGCCACACAGUGUCUUUUCUUCGUAGCUCUUUACUUCGCCUUCCUUCGCCGUCCCCUCCAAGCAUGGGAGUAUAUUUCCGCCGCAGCCACCAAGUGUCUCCUUCUCCUUUCAUACUCUUCCCAAGAUUCCACUUCCGAAGAUCAAGAACGUAUUCGCCGCAUCUUUUGGUCCUGCUACAUUCUCGAAUCGGAUUACUUAGCUGAGCUCUCCAACUUGCCGCUAUCAGGUAUUGCUCGUGUUGAAUCCUCAGUUCCGCUACCAGAUGCAUGGUAUAGCACGCAUUCGAACGCCCAAGAGGAGGAGCAGAGCUCUUUGUACUUUUUGGCCUGUAUCUCGAUGAGGAGGCUGCUGAAUCGAGUACAUCAGCUACUGUAUGCUAGGGGAACAGGCGCGAGUUUGGAUGAUAAGCGGUUCCCUGGCAUUGUGAAGGAGCUGGAUCAUCAGUUGGAUGAGUGGAGGACUGUGCUGCCAGAAGCCUUUGCUUUCGAGGUUGAGUGGCCGCCAGUCGGUGCGAAGCACAAUAUCACCGGAGUAAAGACGGAGCAUGGGGGGUUCCUGAGGCAAAGGUAUCUCACUUGUAGGAGUGUCAUCUACCGGCCAAUGGCAGGCGCAAUGCUCGUUCUCUUGGCCGCCUGCCGGAUAUCUUUGCUCAAAGACCUCAUCGGGCCCGAGAUCCUUCAAGCGGGAAGCCACUUGAGGGAAUUGUUGGUAGGAUGGCAGAAAGUGCAAGGAGAUCCGAGCUCGCCCAGCGUGAAUCAAAGUAUACAUAUUAUCAAGGAGGCUGAGAGGUUCAUCAGACAGGUCUAUAAGGGUGGAAAGGAUGAAGAGCAAGGCCGCAUUGAGGAGUAAGAUGGCAGAUCGCAUGGACCGCGAAAAGAGACCAAUCUCAAAAUGAGAGAAUAUGGACCCAAUUUCAUCAUAAAGGCAAGAUGGCCGAGCGGUC